UCGGUUCGAAUUGAUAACUCGCGCAACACCAACCUCGUUUAAAGCGGACGUGCGGAUAGGUGCCCCAGUAGGACGAAAACACAGAGAAAUACUAGUGCUUCAUCUAAAAAGGAAAACACCACCGCACCGGGAAGUGUGUGCUUCACCUGGGUUCCACGGAUCCUCAUCACUUCGAGCUCACCCGACGCUUGGAUCCGGAGAUAAUAGGACUCGGUAACAACCAAACACGCGCUCGAAAGGCUUCCAGAUUUCCACUGCAAGAGGAUUGGGAACGGAGCCACGUGUCCCGCAGUUCUGUGGCAUACCCACAGAAUGUUUGGAAUUAUUGUACUCGCCUUCUGCGUGUCGGCCAUACACUCCAGUAUUCACGUACAUGACCUCACAAAUAAUCCACUAGCUAUCAUACCAUUAGGGAAAGCUAGGAUAAAAACAGGCUACGUAAGGAUAGUACAUCCCAUAGAUUUGAUUCAAAUAGGAAACACCAUAUCCAACGUGAAUGAUGAAAUACAAUCAAACCCUUCAGUUAAUCCUUUAUACGAAUUGAUGCAAAUUAAGAAUUAUAAAUUGUAUGAAACCUUUCUCAAAUUGAAACCUUUUAUAAAAAGACAAAAAAGAUGGGAUACUAUAGGCACUGUAUGGAAGUGGGUAGCAGGCAACCCUGAUGCAGACGACCUUCGUAUCAUCAACGCUACACUUAACUCCCUCAUCACCCAAAACAACAAGCAAGUAAUGAUAAACCAAGCUAUAAGCAAUAGAAUACAAGAAGUAACCGAUUUGGCUAAUCAAAUGCUGUUAAUGGAAAAACAAAAAGCUAAAAAUCAUUCGAUUGAAAUUAAUCAUUUAAUGAUACUGUCCAACUUAGACUCACUUCAGGACCAGAUAGAAACACUUGAGGAAGCAAUUCUAAUGGCAAAACAUGGUAUACCGAGUAGCAAGCUGUUAUCAAUGCGCGACUUCAAUACGAUCGCAACCUUCCUGGGAGACCACGACAUAUUCGUCACAUCAUUUGAGGAACUAUUAUCACAAUCAACGGCACAAGUAACAUUGAACAACACGCACAUUGCGUAUAUUUUAAAAGUACCACAAUUUUCAAAAGACAUUUAUGAAUAUGGUUUAGUCAAACGAAUAGACGACGCCUCCAUACUUAUCAACAACGCACUUGUGCAAGUCUCAUCCAACUGCAGCAACUCGAACCAACAACUCAAUGGUUCAUUUCUAAUCCAAUUUGAAGGAUGCACUCUACGAAUCAACGGAGAAUUCUUCUCUAACUUUGAAACUAUUCUACCUGGACGACCGUAUCACCCUACAACCGGCCUAAUAGUUACCGAGCUCGAUACCCUGGACUCACCACCUGUUGAAUAUCUACAGAACCUGACAUUAGAACAUCGAGACGAAUUGGAAAUAUUGAAACUUCAAAGUAACUCUCUCACCUGGAAGCUACACCUGUUUGGAUCCAUUGGAGGAUUCACGGUAGUAUCAAUAAUUGCCACAAUUGGAGUUUUCCUAUAUCUUUCUAGAAAAACAAUCAUCAACGCCAAAUUCAGCAUUCCAAGUAUUAACAAAGACGACAUCAUUCUCACGGAAACUGUUUCCGUCAGCAAAAACGAAAUCAUCACAAACUCCAAGACACAGUCAUCAAAACUAUCAGCAGAACGCGAAAACGAAAUCCAAUCUUUCAUCGACAUGCCAUCACCCUUUCGAACCAUUAAACUUUGA